AUGGGCUUGUCAGGCAGUAAGAGGAAGGAAGAGCCAACUGCGUCGAUGAAGAAUAGUGCUGAGCAACAGACAGUGGGAAGGGUAAAACGCGCCGCCCGUCCCGACGAGAUGAUCGCCAAGUACGCAGAGGUGCUGAAGACACGUGGCAUUUUACCCGAAUAUUUUCUAGUUCAUGAGGCAAAAAGCUCCCAAUACAUCGAUGAGGACGGUGACGUGGCGAAUGAAUUCUAUCAGGAGACGAUGAGCGAUGGAGAAAAACGCAGAUUAUGUCGGCUGAUGAAGAAUUUGAGGCCAAAAGGAAAAGAGCGCUACGCGAUUCCUCGACUGAAGCCAGACAUCCCGGUGGUCAUUUGGGAAGUUUCAGCGCCGGAAAAGUCCUAA